AUGAAAAUUGGAUGUUCGUUUUAUUUAUGCGAAGGUUCCACCGUCAGGCGGAAGUCGAUCUCGUCGCAGUGCGAGCCGACCCGUCGGUUACGAGGCGGGAACAGCGAAAGAGAAACAAUUCCCUCAAUAUUUCGCCUCAAGCGCGGCAAAAAGGACGAGGAAAGUCUGGGGUCGAACUCGCUCUCCGAGAGACGAUCUUCUGAGGUCUCGUCACUGGGAGAUAAAGAGCGCCGAAAAGAGCGCUUGAAAGUUCGAAAUUUGCUGGGUGCGACUGGGAGGGAGAGACGGGGCAAGAGUCAGGUGAAUGUAGAUGAGGAGAAGAGACAGAGGGGAGGGUGUGGGAAGCGCGAGGGAGAGGACGGUGAGGAGGGAUGGAGCUCGAGCGAGUCGAGUGGCAGUCUGCUAUGUUCGCUGGCGCCCGCGUGGCUAACAGCGCGCCGCAGACGACGACGUGCCGCCCCCCCAGGCGAGUGGGCGGUGACAGUCGCAGGUUCUUGUCCGGCUGCGUUACCCAACGAUGUCGAGAUGCGCCUGCGCUUCCCGGAUCCACGGCGGCGUAACUCCGUGAUAUCCGAACAGACACCGCGCCCCCCGCCCUGCGCACGCGCUGUUGAUUGCGGCGCGCAAUGCACGCAGGGGCAUACACGCCGUUCCCUCGACGAGGCGGGCAGACUCACGCUUACCGUGAAAAAGGAGGCUUCAGACUCUUCAAUAGUUGCGUCGAAGAGUGUGAAUAAGUCAUCCGAGAUGCUGCCUGAUCUCCACACGUACCGCGCUUCACGCAGCAAAACGAGAAGCUCUGUGAAGACGCGGCAGGGGUACUCCCUACAUUGCUGGCUUCCAGAAGAAGAUCCUACGCCGAUAAGAGCACGUAACGGGCUGGCCGUAGAGGGCAGCGCCAUUGUCCCGCGACGGAAGCCCCGCGCGCCAUCUAUGAGCGAACGUGAUCUCACGCGCACCCUGCCGGCCAGACACCAUCUACCGUUGAAUUUACGAAACAUUUUCUAAUUUGUGUAAAAGUAGCCUUAGCUCCAUCUAUUAUUACUAGACAAUAUUAUUUAUCGCAUUUAACACAAUUCCACGGAUAGAGACAAAAUGACAAAAUCUUAUAAACUGAUAAAAAUUUUGGCAUAGUAAAAAAUAUGAACGAGUUUUAAUAUGAAGCUAAGACUGGAUAUAUUCUAAUAAAACACAAACAUAAACGUGUCUGUGUAUCUUCACCCUAAAUACUAGAUAAAUGUAAGGGAAAAUCCAAGUACAAAAGUGAAAUAGAUAACCACAGGACAUACUGCAAACAUGAACAUACAUGAAAUGCAUGAAAAUAUUUACAAGCCAAAAUGAUAAAUUCAAAGUUAUGCCAUUUUGUCUCAUAUACUAUCAUGGUGUCAAUUAUACAAUAUACGACAAUCAUAACUAAAAGGUUGUUUC